AAUAACACGGUGCGUUUGUUUUGGUAAAAAAGGGUCUCGAAAGAACGAUACCGCAGGGGACGCACGAGACAUUUUAAUUAUUUGUCGUGUUUCGUCAUCGUUUACCGCACGCCUUAAUCAUAACAUAAGCAAUAGCUCAAAUACGACCACGGUCCGGUAAGGCGCAGCUUGGACACAGUUUUCCCCAUCCAAACGUGGUGCGAUUUGCAGGUGGUGCAAGAAUGUCCUCGUUCACCGAGACGGGACUAGUGAAGAAACUGUUCGAUCUCAAUCAAAGCCAACAAAGCAUUCAAACCCUCUCGCUGUGGCUGAUCCAUCAUCGAAAGCAUCAUUCAAUAAUCGUUAAAACAUGGCUGAAAGAGCUCCAGAGAGCACCAGCAGCGAAGAAGCUCACCUUCAUGUACCUGGCGAACGAUGUGAUACAGAACAGCAAGAAGAAGGGCCCAGAAUUUGGCCGGGAGUUUGAGCACGUGUUGGUAAAAGCGUUCAAAAAUGUGGCCCAAUCCUCGCCGGAGCCGAAAACCAUCAACAGCCUCAACCGUAUCCUCGGCAUCUGGUGUGAUCGGGGUGUGUACGAGGAACCUAAGAUUAAAGAAUACUCGACGGCACUGAACGGAACGGAAACCAUCCCGCGGGUGGAGGUGAACGGUAGUGAUAAGAAGCGAAAGGGGGACAGCAGCAGCGCAGCGGAGAGUGAAGGCGCCAAAAAGCCUCGCCCAGCCACUGCCAGCACGGAAAAGAAAGCAAAGAGUGAGGUGGUGGAGGUAAACGGGAAGGUAGAAACGCACAUUACGCUAAGUCCGCAUCAGCCCGACGGUGAUCCGCCAGAGCCGGAGGAUCUGAUUAAGGUAAUUCUUGACCUGGAAAACUCGGCAUCGAGCGAUGCGGUGGUACGAGAAAGAAUAGCCAGCCUUAAACCGGAAGUGUCCGAGCUAGCCGCACUGGACAAGCUGGAAGACAAGGAGGCCGCUAUGAAACUUGCCGCAGACGUAAACGAUGCCAUAAAGAUUCUAAACGAUUACAACGCACGGUUGGCGGUGGAGAUGGACGACCGGAAGAAAUUGACGACCAUGCUAAGGGAUUUCUUGCGCGAACAACAGGAGCUUCAACAGCAGGCCGAAAACCGGCUAGCAGAAUAUCAGAACAAAUUAUCCAAAAUCAAAGAAGUACAAAAGGAGGUACGAAACCAUAUGAACAAUCUGCCCGACUUGACGUCCCUCCCGGAUGUGACCGGUGGUUUGGCGCCGCUCCCAUCGGCCGGUGAUUUAUUUAACGCACACCAUCAUUAACUACGACGAAUAUGCGAUGAUCUGAUCGUUCGAAACGAGAACCCAAUCCCAUGUUACUAAAAUUGGGUGAAUUUGGAGCGUUGCGGAUCAUACCUACUCUCAGCAUCAAUCAAUUUACUCCCGUGUACGUGUGUUAGAGGGAUAUAGUUGUCUGCUUCUUCAUUUAUUUUAAUUUCCAAAACGAACCCUACAAGCAAUCUACACGACCUCCUGGAAUGGGACCUCCCGAAUCGACGUCGGAAUAUUGAAUAUAGAAUUAAAGCGCCCACCCUCCCUUAGACUCCCCGAAACCAAAUAAUAAGUAGUCGAAUCGAAUUGGACAAGAAUGGGUCCCGAAACGCUUGGCAUUGGCGUACGGAAUAAGCUGGAUUGCGUUUGCGGUGUACAUGUUGUUGCAAUAGUAGUAUCCUCGGUGCGGGAUAUGUUGUUCAGGAAUCCGCGAAAAAAGGGGUAAAUAAAGGACUGUUUUAGUCGACAAUUGUA